AUGGUGUGGGAAAACUGUAAUGUGACGCUGAAUAGUGGUGAUAGUGGGAUAUUCUACACCGGUAAUAUAGUAACCGGAUCAGUGACUGUGGAGUUUAAGAAGGAACAAAAAAUCAAAUAUGUUGUGUUUAAAGUCAUAGGUGUAAGUAAGGCUCGUUGGUCAAGAGCGGCGCCCACCAUUCCCUAUUUGAAGAUUUAUUCAGAGAAAUACGAAGUUUUGGACGAAACUAUUGACGUGUUCAGUGAAAUAAAUGGCAAAAAGGUGAAGCCGGGGAUAAGCAAUUUUCAAUUUCAUUUCACGCUGCCAAGUGAUUUACCUUCAACUUUCAAAAGUUCCAUAGCCAGUGUACAUUAUUUUAUCGAAAUAAAAUGCAAAGCUUCUUGCAAUCGAAAAAAGGUGAAAAUAAUUCCCUUCGUCGUACUAAGCUAUGUGGAUCUGAAUUGUGUCGAAGACAACAAGGUGCCCAUGAUGUACGAGAUGAGUAAGGUGUUCAAGACUUCUGGCACUUUCUCGUUGUAUUUCAAAACGUACAGAGGAUUCGCACCGAAACAAAGCUUACCGUUCGAAAUAGAUAUCAGUAACGAGAAAAAAGUUAAAAUUAGUAAAAUCAUCGUCAGUUUAAUCCAGAAACUUGAGUACGUAGUAUCAACGGGAUACGCUAACGACGAGAAAAAAAUAUGCAAAAUAGAACACAGAGAUCUGACCAAUGAGUCUAAGGAGUACUGUAAAAUUUUCAUGGACGUGCCACAAACGGCACCGUCUAGUAUUAACGUUAGAAAUCCAAUGGUCAAUAUAUCCUAUGUCCUCCGGGUGGAGGUAAUUUUUAAAUUUCAUUUGACUUUAUACGAAGAUAUCCCAGUGACUAUCUCAACUGUUCCUAUUCAGCACUAUAGCUAU